CUGCCCUGGAGGUUUAUCAGCAAGCUCAGAGCAGGUUAUAUUCUCCGAGCCAUAGAGAUCAUAACCUUGUUUGGAAUUUAUCUGUAGCUAAUGAUUAAAGAAAGGAAACGUAGGGGGGAACUGUUAUCUGUUCCUGGCUUCUCAUGUACCUUUCUCAAGUACUUGCCAUCAGCCUGCCUCCAGGCCUGCACAUGUCUAACUUCCUGCUUCACAUUCCCCUACUCCAGUUGGGACUCUCAAAUCUUUUAGGGCAAUGUUAUUUUAUCUAUUUCCUGCUGAGAAAGGGCACUUGAGAGACUUGGGGCUUUCACUUUUGCUGAAUUUCAGAACUAGGGAGUGAGUGGAGGGUCUUAUGUGAUUGAGUGGGAUGGGGUGUAAAGGAGAGAUGAAGUUAAGGAAACAGCUUAAAAUACAACGCCUAGAUAUAAAGAGAAAAUUUAAAAUAGCAGUCAUUUCCAUUAUGAGGAUUGGGAAAGCCAUGUCCACAUCACUCUCCAAAACCCCCCCGGGCCGGGGGUAGGGAACAUAUCAGGGGUGCCUUGGACUUAGUUUCUAAAGUCCACUGCACCCAGAAGUACAGGAAUUGGGUAACAAUCCACAAAUCCAGCAGCCAUUGCUUUCAACAUUCUGGGCAUACUGCUGAGCCGAAAGGAGAAUGUAAUUGUCUUCUUUAGUUGGCAGACUAUGGACAGAAAAAACAUCGAGAACGAAUGAUAAAAUAUUGUUGUCCUGGUCACAUCUGAUAUGUCAUAGUAAAAUGACCAGAGUAAAAAAAGAAGGAAGAUGGCAGCUGAACUUACUGUAACCAACUUUCUUUUUAUAAGGCGUACUAUAAACAGCAGCAGGUCGGCCCAUACCUCCUCGAAGUAUACAGGAAUAGAAAGGAGGAGUGGGGCCUGCUCAGCGAGGCACAGAGACUCCUGUACUGCGAUGUGAUGCUGGAGAACUUUGCACUCAUAGCCUCUCUGGCCCUGCAAGCGGUGCCUCCACCUCUCCCUGAGCAACCCCACACCUGUUUGUCAAAGCUUUGCAGGAAAGGACCAAGCAGAAGGAGCCUUUUAAGGGCUCACCUCUUUCAGGUGCCAUGUCAUUGCCCAACUCGAGGUGGGGAAAGAACCCUGGGUGCCUGACAGAGUGGCUAUGACUUCAGCCAUGACAAGAGGGGCUUUUGGCAGGCCUGGCUCUGAUUUUUGCUGUGGAACAGAGCUCAAGGAGCUACCUUCUGAGCAAAAUGUUUCUGUACAAGGAAUAUCCCAGGAUGGGAAUCCCAAGACAUCUCUGUCCACACAGAAGACCUACCCCCAUGACACAUGUGGCCCACACUUGAAAGACAUUUUAUGCCUGGCUGAACAUCAAGCAACACGUGCCAGGCAGAAGCCCUACAUGUGUGAGGCAAGUAGGACAGGGUUCAAGUUCAACAGAAACCUUCCCCAGCAGCAGGUGCAGAAGAAUGCAGACAAGCCUGCCAGAAAGGAGGAGGGCAGGGCCUCUCCUGGAAAGAUCUGCUCAGACCACUCAUCACAGAAGCCUUCCAUGUGUGGGGAGGGCAGGGAGGACUUUGUGGCCACAUCAGGCUUUGUGCAGAGUCAGGUCACUCCCAGUGUGGAGGAGGCACACAAGAAUUCUGAAGGUGCAUUAGAUUAUCCCACUGCUAGGGAUGCUUUCAGUGCCACAUCCACACUUGUUCAUCAACAGACAGUCUACACUGGAGAGAGGCCCUAUGAGUGCAGCAAAUGUGCAGUAGUCUUUAGUGAUGCCUCCAGCCUCAAGCAACACCAGGGAGUUCACAAUCGAGGAAAACCUUAUGAGUGCUGUGAGUGUGGGAAAUUUUUUAGCCGACACUUCAGUCUUGUGGAACAUCAGAGAAUUCACACUGGUGAAAAGCCAUAUGAGUGCAGUGAAUGUGGGAAAUUCUUUAGCCAACACUCCAGCCUUUUUCAACAUAAGAGGAUUCACACUGGUAGACGUACUCAUGAGUGCAGAGAAUGUGGGAAAUUCUUCAUCUGCAACUCCAGCCUAAUUAAGCAUGGGAGAGUUCACACAGGAGAACGACCUUAUAGGUGCAAGGAAUGUGGGAAAUCAUUUAGGCAAAUCUCCAAUCUCACCCAACACCAGAGAGUUCACACUGGAGAACAGCCUUUUGAGUGUGAUAAAUGUGGGAAAGUCUUCAGCCGAAGCUCCAACCUCAUAAACCAUCAGAGAGUUCACACUGGUGAAAGGCCUUAUAAGUGCACUGAAUGUGGGAAGAUGUUCAGCCAAAUCUCCCAUCUCAAGAUCCAUCAGAGACUUCACACAGGUGAACGGCCUUAUCAGUGCAGUGAAUGUGGAAAAUACUUUAACCAAAGCUCUAGCCUCAAAGCCCAUCAAAGGUUUCAUACUGAUGAACGACCAUAUGAGUGCAGUGAAUGUGGGAAAUCCUUCAAACAAAGCUCAAAUCUGAGGCAGCACCAGAUAGUUCAUAAACCGGACAGGCCUUAUAAGUGCAGUGAGUGUGGGAAAGCCUUCACCCAAAACUCCACCCUCAGUAACCAUCGCAGGCUUCACACUGGUGAACGGCCUUAUGAGUGCAGCGAAUGUGGGAAAACCUUCAGACAAAGGUCGAAUCUAAGUGAGCACCAGAUAGUUCAUAAACCAGACAGGCCUUAUAAGUGCAUUGAAUGUGGCAAAGCCUUCAGCCAAAAGCGCACUCUCAUUCAGCAUCAAAAAAUUCACACCAGAGAAAGGAAUGUAGAGAAUGUGCAUCUGCCUUGUUGAACACAGCUGUAUACAGCAGAGACAGUGAGAGACUGUGACAGUGGGCCUUAUAAGGGAGUGUUAGCCAGACUCUGAACUUCAUUCAUCCAUGUGAUCACACGGGGGAAAUUCCCUAUGAAAGCUAUGUAUGGUGGAUGCUUUCAGGACUGAAGUCAUAUUUGUCCAUUUUGUCACUGCUAGAGUUUGCAACAGAAGCCGUCUCAGCUUGGCCCACUGGCUGGCCUCCAUAGCAUGUUUCAGCCAUUUCACCAUCUCAGGGAAAGCAGCCCUUUGCUCUCUUUCUAGUCCCUGAAUGGAACCUGAGUUUCUGAGGCCAUCAGAAGAUGUCACUUCUUUCUCAUGGCUGUUUUAGUUGUAGGUAUGACCCAUUCUUGGCCACGAUGACCUAAAUGGAGUUCUGCUGGCAGCUUACUGAGAUGGUUUCCUUUUUCAGGAUAUUCAGUGGUUAAAUGUGAUGGAUUUGUUCAUCUUCUAUACGACCUGACCCAAGUACCUAAAAUACAUUGGUCUAGUUCAUAUUAUGCUGGGAGCCUUACUGAUUAAAGCAUAUUUUAUCUUACUGUGAGGAGUAGUUUGAACAGAGAACAGAGUUAAGGUCUGUUAAUGAACAGUUAGCUCCAAAUUGUGUGCUUCCAAAUUGACUGCCUCAGAAGUGACAGUAGGAUGGCAGAGAACAACUGUCAGCCCAGAUUUGGCCUUAUGUUAACUGUUCGCCAAGGCUUUCUAGGAAAGACUAUAUUGCUUUGUGGGCCUGUAUUGCAGUCUUGAAUGCUAUGAAUUUUCCUGUCCUGAAUGGCAUGAAUUUUUCUCUUAUCCUAAGGAGGUAGAAGUUGUGACCAUCUCUAGAGCAUCUGAGAGCAGUAUCAAUUGGGUCCCUUAUCUCCUAGCAUAGUGAUGGCAAGUCUUUUAGAGACCAAGUGUCCAACCUGCAACCCAAAACCCAUUUAUUUAUUGUAAAGUGCCAACAUUGCAGUUAAACCUGAAUGCUCAGCUGCUUGGGAAAUGCUGGAGUGACUUGGCUUGGGUGCUGAAGGCUCUGUGUACCCACUAUGGCACACAUACCAUAGGUUUGCCACAACUGCCCUAGCACUAUUAAGCAGCUGUUCAACUGUUACCUGCCAAGGAGUCAUAUGCUGUGAAGUUCACUGUCUGUUAUACAUAUGUGUCCAUCUUUAAGACUUGCUAAGUCCAAGUGGAUCUAUAGUUUGUAUAGAAACACAGUGUGACUAUAGAGAGUGGGUGAGACUAUUGCUUACCUGUGAGAAUGGAACUAUUCUAAAAAUGUAUCCUUUAAUGUUCCUUUGAAUGUCUCUGUGUAGAAUUGAGGGCAUUAUGGCUUCUAUCUAGAUGUCCUCCCAAAGCCUCAUACAGUCAUAAAUAGAAAGUUUUGAAGGUGGCUGGAUUAGGGUGUGUGAAUGUGGAUUAAGGGUGUGAUGCUGGGAUUAAGGGUGUCCCACCCUGCUUGUGGGUGGCAGUGACCAAUAGAUUUAUAGCCUGGAUGAAGUAUAAAGGCAGGCUUGCUGCUGCUGCUGCUGCUUACUGCUUUGCUGUCUCCAGCCUGCUUGCCAGGGACUAUUUCUCCUCUGUGAUGCCCUCUGCCAUGCUACCCUGCCUUGGAGCCAGCCAACUAUGGACUGAAACCUCUAAAAGCUGUGAGCUAAGGGCCGGGGAUUUAGCUCUGUGGUUCCGCUGCCUGCCUUGCAAGGGCAAGGACCCAAGUUCGAUCCCUGGUACCAAAAAAAAGAACUGUGAGCUGAAAUAAACUUUUCCUCCUUUAACUAUGGAUGUUGGACAAGAAAAGACAGAUUUUGUUACCAGAAGUGAGGUCGUUGUUGUGAUACCACCUGACCAUGUGAUUCAAGAGCUUUUGGAACUGGUUUGCGGAAAGAGUUUGGAAAGGUCUGGAGAUGUCAAUUGAAGAAGCAGCCCUGGAAUGCUUUAAUCUGUACUUGAUAUGAGAUUCUGGUCAGAGUUCAGAAGACCAGAAUGCUGACAGAAAGGUAGCCAGUAAAGACCACGCUCAAGAGGUUUCAGUUAAGAACAAAGAUUGUAUUGGCUGUUGGACUCCAGACCAUGUGUGUUACCCUUUGGCAGAAUAUUUGUCUGCAUUUUGCUCAUGUCCAGAGACUGAGAUUAAAGGCAACGGACUAAUUAAACUUUUUUUUUUUUGAGACAAGGCCUUGCUCUAUA